GUGGAAGCCGAAAUGGCGCAAGUAGAAUCAGACGUUUGCUUAGUGUGCGCUGAUCCACUUGACUUUACGGCGUUUGGUGUGUGCGGCCACAAUGAAGUCUGCUCGCGCUGCGUUGCACGUAUGCGCAUCGUCCUCAAGGACAAAGGCUGUGUCUUCUGCCGCCAAGAAUGUGGCCAGGUCUUCUUCACGCGGUUCAUGGGCGACUACACAGCGCGGCUUGGACCGGAGGACUUUGAUAAGCUGAAGGGGCGAGCGGACCGCCGCGAGCUGCACUACCUGCCCGAGGUGGAUGGGUACUUUGAUGACGAGAAGCACUAUAACGAAAUUCGUGUGCUGUGCGGCUUCACGCACCCUGCGGCGGAGAGCGGCGGCCGGGCGCCCAAGUUCAGCAACUACAACGCGCUGAAGAAGCACCUGGAGAACUCGGGCCAGUUCUUCUGUGACGUGUGCGUCAAGAGCCGGAAGGUGUUCGUGUCGGAACAGAUGGUGUACAGCAAGGAGACCCUGAAGCGCCACCUGGAGAGCGGUGAUGAGAGCGGCCCACUGGCGGAGAGCGGCUUCAAGGGGCACCCGCUGUGCAAGUUCUGCCGGCAGCGCUUCUACGAUUCCAAUGAGUUGUACAAGCACAUGGAGAGCGCGCACGAGCACUGCUUCCUAUGCCGUCGGGCGGCGCCACACCAGUAUGUCUACUUCCGCCACUACAAGGAGCUCGAGGACCACUUCACCAAGGCGCACCACCCCUGCCCGCACCCCAACUGCCUGGAGCGCAAGUUCGUUGUGUUCGACACCGAGUACGAGCUCAAGGCGCACUUCGCGGCAGAGCACGGCGAUGAGGUCAAGAUGUCGGCAGCACAGCGGCGCCAGGCCAUGACCAUCCCCCUCAACCUGCAGUACAGGUCGCACGACGACGAGGAGACGGAGCCGGGUCCCAGCGCGCGCCUGGAGCGGGCGGCUGUCGUCAUUGGCGGCGGCUACAACCAGGGCAGCCGGGCGGCACGGCCGGGCCGCAUGGCGGCGUCCGCCGCGGGCGGCGCGGGCGGCAUUCACCACAGCCGCUCGGAGCCGCAGCUGCAGCAGGAGCCGGGGCAGGAUUUGGAGUCGGUAACCUUCAACGCAGAGGACUUCCCCGCGGCCAGCGGCGCCGUUGGAGCCGGCGCGGGGGGUGGUGCCCUCGGCCGCUGGGCGGCCUUCGCGGGCGCUCAGGGCAACGCCAACGUGCACGACGAGGAGCAUUUCCCGGCGCUGCCCUCGCUGUCUAAGAACCAGCGCCGCCGCAUCAAGGAGCAGCAGCGCUCGCUGGCGGACCGGCUGUCGGCAGCGGCGCAGCCGGCACGCGUGCUGCACCGCGCCACACCCGGCGGCACCGGCCCCUCAGCUGCGGGCGGCUCGGACGCGGCGCCUCAGCUGGUGCCCGGCAUGUCAGACUUUCCAGCACUGCAGUCCGGCGGGCCCGCGCCCUCCGCGCCGCCGGCUGCUCGCCAGGUCUCGGCCGCGCACACGGCAUCCUCUAGCUCCUCUGGCACUGGGGCCAGCACCUCGGCUGCGGCGUCUUCCAGUAUGGCUGCAUUCACGCCGGUGUCUCGUACAGCGGAUGUGGUGGCGCCUGUGUCGGUGAACCGCAAGCCGCCGUCACUUGGGCAGGAGGAGUUCCCGUCACUGGGGGGCAAGGGCAAGGGCAAGGGGAAGGGUGUUGGGCAGACGCCGGCCUCGCCACCGCCGGCGGUCUCGCCGUACGCAGGCGUGGCGUCUGGCUCUCAGCCGGCGUACACGGCUGCGGGGCUGUCAAAGACGGACGUGCUGCACAGCCUGUUCAUGCGCCCGGGGUCCGCUGCUGCAACCAUGGGUGGCGGCGCGGGGCCCUCCGCUUCCUCGUCGUCGGCAGCUGCAGCGGCGGAUGAGCCAGAGCCGGCGCCGCUAGCACUAGACGACUUCCCGUCCCUGCCGCCGGGCAGCAAGGGGAAGGGUCGCGCAAAGGUGGUUCUUCGGGCAUCACCGGCAAAGCCGCAGCCGGCCUCGCCGGCUGCGGCUGCGCCAGCGCCGCCGGCUGGAGGCGGCGGUGGUGGUGCUGGCGGUGUGUCUGACAGCCUGAAGGCGGCCAACAAGGCGCUUGUUGAGCGCAUCAAGCAGCGCCUGACCGGUGACGCCUUCAGCACGUUCCGGCAGCAGAGCUUGCUGUUCAUGCGCGGCGAGGUGUCGGCGGAGGAGUACCACGACUAUAUGGUGAGCCUGGGCCUGCUGUCGCUGACAGCAGAGCUGGUGUCGCUGCUGCCGGACGCUUCCAAGCGGCGCCUGCUGCUGGACGUGCACCGCACCUUCAUCGUAUCGCCGGCGGCGCAGGACCCGUCGCUGGUGGGCGCUGGCUGGAUGCCACCGGAGGCGGCCAUUGCCAAAGCGGCCCGCGUGGCACAGCACGCCGCCUGGACCUGCGGCCGCUGCAGUCUCAUCAACGCACCAGAUGAUGCGCGCUGCGAGAGCUGCAGCGGGCCGCGGCCCACGGAGGAGCAGCAGCUGGCGGCCGCAUCGGCGGUGGCGGCGGCUGCCGCGCCGCUGCCGGCCUUCGGCAGCGCGGUGCGCGCCGCCGCCGCGGCGGCUAGCAGUAGCAGCAGUAGCAGCAACAUGGGUUUCACUAUGGUGCCGUCUCGGUCAGCAGCGGCGGCCGCCGCGCCGCCACCGCCCCAGGCGCCGCCCGCACUCGACGACUUCCCCUCGCUGCCCAUGGGGCGACCCGCACGCACCGCGCCGCCGCCUCCAUCCGCGGCUGCGGAGUUCCUCUCAGGCCCUGGCCCCAGCGGCUCAGAAGACCCCUUCCCGGCAGCAAGCGGCGGUGGCAAGGGCAAGAAAGGCAAGGGCACGACCAUCAAGAUUGGGUUGGGCGCGGGCACUGGCAGCGCGGGCCGUACACAUCCGCAGAACCAGUGGACGCAGCCGGGCGCCAAGGCCAAGGUCACCAACUCGUGGGCGGCCGGCACAGGCAAGCUGGCUAAGAUGCACGGCGCCAUCAACGACGCGUGGGGCGAAGAGUAGACUGAGUGAAGGCCAGGCGCUGGCAGUGCUGCGGAGAGGGAGGCGCAUCUCCCCGCGUUUCCAUUUUCCGCGCCCCAAUGGUCCGUAGUUGCAUGGCACUUGUUGAGGAGGGGUCGCAGUUUACUUCGCACAGUAGCAGUUGUGCUGUAGACUAAUGAACAGGGCGAAGUGGCAAUGCGCGGAAGCUAGAUGCUGGUGGCUGAGGCACAGAGGCCGUCCAGUUGGCUAUGGAGGCUAGGACACUCUUGGGUACGGAAUGGGCUGGCUGGGCACACUGUAAGCGGAUGCGUUGGGAUAGGGUAUGGGGCAAGUUGGCGUAGUCCCUAUACGGUAUUGUGGCCUCGGGCAGGCUCAUGCGGGCGCCUCGCUUGCUCUUAAGCCCAGGCGCGUCGCUGAAUCGGCCUCUGGGGGCAUGUCGUACCCGUGGACUGUAAAUGGAUGCAUUC